AUGACAGAACGAAUUUCCAUGAGCUUCAAUAUUGAUAGUUCAAUGAUCAAGCUUGCCCGGGAUGCUGACGAGGGCGUUAUUCCUGCGGAAGGCCAAGUUUCCGAGCGAGGCACAGUCUGGAAGACGGGCUCAGAUGGAAUUUUACGGCCAGAUUCUUCGGCGAAAAACGCGAUCAAAAUUGAAAUACGGAACAAGGAAACUGGUAAAGUCGUCGCGGAGAUGGGACAGCAAUAA